AUGCUCGCCGCCCUUUUGCUUUCAACGUUAGUUCGUUCUCAGGAUUUGGGAGAUUGCGACGCUCUCAAUGACACUUGCACUACAGGACAAACCAACCAACGUCGUUCCUAUUUUACUUUGAACUCCUCAGAAAAAAGUUUCAGUUCACGACGAAUUCCUGAAGCAAAGGAUCAAACUUCAAGAAGUUAUUUUCAGAGAAUACACUCCAGCGAUUCCCCCAUUCUACACAUUGUGUAUGUGGUUCUGAUCCCUUUUUCAGCAGUUUCUUGCAGACUCUCUCAACAAUGGAAACGAAUCUCUGCCUUCUAUGUUCACAGUGAACAUCGAACUUAGCAUGCUCAAACUGGUUUCAGUGGUAGAACCUGAGUAUCUUGAGAACUCUGAAAUUUUUUUUCAGUCUGAGCCAGAAGAAAAAGUUACAGUCAUUUUUGAUUACCUCAUGGUGAGUAGGUCGCUGAAACUUUUCUUAUGAGAUUUCAACCACAGACUUGGCAAGACAUCAGACUACGAUGGAACCCCGCUCAGUAUGGCGGAAUUGAGUACAUUUACAUCGGUCUCAGCAGCAUUUGGGUUCCGCCUGUGGCCACUGUCGAUGCGUCAGUUUUCAUGUUUCGUUUUGGCAGAAAAAAAAAUUAACAUUCCAGGCACGAUGUCGUCGACUACCGGCAAGGCGAGCAGAAAGUUGCUUUCGUUAGUGAAACUGCUUUUUUUCGUUCAAAGAAGUCUUUAAGAUCAAUUAUAACGGGUCCGUCGGAACAUACAUGGCCACCGUCACUUCAGUUGUUUGCGCUAUGGAUGUAAGAAAACAAUGAAACUUUCUCAAAAAGAGACUUUAAUACUCAUUAUUCAGAUCUACAAGUUCCCCCUGGACGAACAAACAUGCAGCGUCAGUCUGAUGGAUCACCUUUUCAGAAACGCAGAGUACCAGAUAACUACGAGCAUGACCUACUUACCUAGGCCUCUUAGUAUGCUGGUUAGAUACUCUGAAGUAUUUUAAUUGAAGAAAAGAUGCAAACAGGGUAACGGUGAAUGGGAGAUGAAGAGAAUCUGGCGGAGAGAGGAAAACAUUACCGACGACGACGGCGUAUUUGUUACUAACAUCGCAUGUUUAACAACACGUUGA